CUGUUAUCGAUCUUUGUGAAAACCUUUAAUGUAUUCAUUAGAAUUAAAAUCGGUCAUGUGUGUUUUCGUUGGAGAACUAAAGUACCCAAACUGCCUGUUUCUAGAAUCAUCUGGGAUCUGAUCAAGGAGAAGUUGAUCUUCCCAUAUGUGGAUCUUAAUAUUCACUUCUUCGAUUUGGGAAUUGAAAACAGGGAUAAAACCGACGAUCAAGUGACCAUUGAUGCAGCCCACGCCACUCUGAAGUACAAUGUGGCUGUAAAAUGUGCCACGAUCACACCUGAUGAAGCUCGAGUAAAGGAGUUCAACCUUAAAAAGAUGUGGAAGUCACCGAACGGCACUAUUCGUAAUAUUCUUGGAGGUACUGUUUUUCGUGAACCAAUAAUUGUUAAGAAUGUUCCACGUCUUGUCAAUUCAUGGACAAAGCCCAUUAUCAUAGGACGCCAUGCUCAUGCUGACCAGUACAAGGCUACGGACUUUGUUGUUCCGGGAGCAGGAAAACUGGAGAUCAAGUUCGUUCCAGCUGAUGGCUCUGCUGAAAUCAAACACGAGGUGUUCAAUUUCAAAGGACCUGGAGUAUCGCUCUCAAUGUAUAACACUGACGAAUCCAUCAGGGAUUUUGCUCAUGCAUCUUUCAAGUAUGCAAUCCAAAGGCGUUAUCCUCUAUACUUGUCCACAAAAAACACUAUCUUGAAGAAGUAUGAUGGGCGAUUUAAGGAUAUUUUUGCUGAAAUAUACAAGGAGUACGAGCCGCAAUUCAAAUCAGGAGGUAUCUGGUACGAACAUCGCCUUAUCGAUGACAUGGUGGCCCAAGCUAUGAAAAGCGAUGGUGGUUUUGUCUGGGCGUGCAAGAACUAUGACGGAGACGUACAGUCCGACUCUGUUGCGCAAGGAUAUGGUUCACUGGGCCUAAUGACUUCGGUACUAGUGUGUCCGGAUGGCAAAACUGUUGAAGCAGAAGCAGCACAUGGCACGGUAACACGACACUAUCGUCAACACCAAAAGGGGGAGGAGACCUCUACCAAUCCCAUAGCUUCUAUCUUUGCUUGGACUCGCGGAUUGUCUCACCGAGCUACACUUGACGGUAACAAUGAGCUAGCAAAAUUUGCUGAGAACCUCGAAAAGGUGUGUAUUGAAACCAUGGAGGGUGGAUUCCUCACUAAAGAUCUCGCUAUAUGCAUCAAAGGCAGCAGCAGUGUUACUCGGUCAGACUACUUGAAUACUUUCGAGUUCCUGGAUAAAUUGGCUGAGAAUCUCUCUAAGAAGCAGUCGAGCCGUUGA